AUGGGCAAGAACAGACGCCUUCAAAAGUCAUCCUCCUCGUCCUCGAAAAAAAUCAAACUCCCUACUACAGGGAAAGCCGCGCGGCCAACUGGAGUUACAAAGGCCAAGCCCAAGCCGCAGAGCUCCAAAAAGCCGCGCAUCCAGGCUCACCAGUCCAGUCCCACAAUCCCAUUCCAGUCCGCAGAUAAGAUAUUAUUAGUAGGCGAAGGAGACCUGUCAUUUGCAUGCUCGCUUAUUGCGCACCAUGGCUGUAAGGACGUGACGGCGACGGUGUUAGAAGGGAGUGAGGAGGGAUUGGUGCAGAAGUACCCGGAAGCGGAGGAGAAUAUAAAGACCGUUAGAAGUGCAGAAGGCGUGGUUAGGUUUGGAGUUGAUGUGGGGAAGAAAGGAUUAGCGCUAGGAAAGAAGGAUUUGGCGAGUAGGGGGGAAGGAUGGGAGAGGGUGUUCUUCAAUUUUCCCCACGUUGGCGGGAAAAGUAAGGAUGUUAAUCGGCAAGUUAGGUAUAAUCAAGGUAGGAUCCCCCCUGAUUUAGUAGCUUGCUCAUUCAAGGGUGCUUCAAUUUUCGUGUUGCACUGUGCUAUGCUGAUUGGAAUUUCUGAUGAAAUAGAACUCCUUGUGAACUUCUUCACGAAUAUCCGUCCCCUUCUCUCGCCCCGGUCAGGUUCUUCGAUCAUCGUAACCCUCUUCGAAGGCGAACCAUACACCCUCUGGAACAUUCGGGACCUAGCACGGCAUUCGAACCUGGAAGUUACAAGGAGUUUUCGGUUUCAGGCGAAGGCUUAUCCCGGGUAUAGACAUGCGAGGACACUAGGGGUUGUGAAAGGGAAGAAUGGGGAAAUAGGAGCUGGAUGGAAAGGAGAGGAGAGGGACUCGAGGACGUACGAGUUUGUGAGGAAGGGAGAGGGUGUAGUUCCUGGUGUAGGGAGGGGAAAGGCGAAGGGAAAAGGUGGGGAGGAAGAGAGUAGUGAGGAGAGUACGGAUGAUAUGGAUGUUAAUGAGUCAUGGCAUACUGGUGAUGGAGAAAAGGGCAGCGGCAUCAAUGAGGGCGAUGAAACUAUCGAUAACGAUGACGAAGACGAAGACGAAGACGGAGAUGGAGAAGAUUGA